AUUUCAAUUUCCCCUUCCCCCUUACUUUUAUGCCAAGUGCACGGUUUUGGCAUGUAGGAAGGAUUCAACAGUUUCGCCCCAGUCGUCUCCUCUUCCCCCGAUAUUCUCUUCCCUGUGCUCAGAACUUUUUGAUUUGGAUCUUCAACAACCCAUUCGCAGAAAUGGUUGGACAAGUCAGAAGGCUGAUCCCAUAUGUGGUUUCCAGAAUCAAAUCACCACUCGCUCCUCCGUCUCGCCAUCUGGGCACAACUGCUCCUCCAGCUGUCUUCGUUGACAAGAACACGCGCGUCAUCUGCCAAGGCAUCACCGGCAAGAAUGGCACCUUCCACACUGAACAGGCCAUCGAGUAUGGCACCAAAAUGGUUGGUGGGGUGACACCAAAGAAGGGUGGAAUGGAGCACUUGGGAUUGCCUAUUUUCAACACUGUUGCAGAAGCCAAGGCUGAAACAAGGGCAAAUGCAUCAGUGAUCUAUGUUCCACCACCAUUUGCAGCUGCAGCUAUCAUGGAGGCAGUGGAAGCUGAACUGGAUCUUGUUGUGUGCAUAACAGAAGGAAUUCCUCAGCAUGACAUGGUUAAGGUGAAGGCUGCUCUUAACAGGCAAUCAAAGACCCGACUGAUUGGUCCAAACUGCCCUGGUAUUAUCAAGCCUGGAGAAUGCAAAAUUGGAAUUAUGCCUGGGUACAUUCACAAACCAGGGCGUGUAGGAAUUGUUUCUCGAUCUGGUACACUGACAUAUGAAGCAGUUUUCCAAACAACUGCAGUUGGUCUGGGGCAAUCUACUUGUGUAGGAAUUGGUGGGGAUCCUUUCAAUGGGACGAACUUUGUUGACUGCGUGAAGAAAUUCCUUGCUGAUCCUCAAACAGAAGGUAUCAUUCUUAUAGGUGAGAUAGGUGGCACUGCAGAGGAGGAUGCUGCCGCUCUAAUAAAGGAAAGUGGGACCGAAAAGCCUGUUGUUGCUUUUAUUGCUGGACUGACUGCCCCACCUGGCCGACGUAUGGGUCAUGCUGGAGCUAUAGUAUCAGGGGGAAAGGGUACAGCUCAAGACAAAAUCAAGACUUUGAGAGAUGUUGGGGCAACCGUGGUUGAGUCUCCAGCAAAAAUUGGCGUUGCCAUGCUUGACGUCUUUAAACAGAGGGGCCUUGUGAGUUAGUUUCCGCCUAAUAUCUUUAAUGCUUCUUUUUUCCGUUCUCAUUUUCUUCUCAAAGUUGAUAAAUGCCUCAGCCAAUCUUUUAGAGGCAGUUGAACUCAUCUUUGGCAUUCAAUGGUAGAAAUAUUUUCGGUGUUCUCCAUGCUUGACCUGGAAAAAUGUCCGGGAAGAUUCUUUUUCAGUCUUUUCCAUCACAUGGUGAUUUGCAUGUUUCAUUGAAAUUCUUGGUUAUUGAAGUUUCAAUGUUUCAUGUCGCCUUAACACGUAAAUCAAAACUUUUGUACUAGAUGCUUUAUUUUAAAUAGUUUGCAACUGAAGAUAUAGGAUCCAUUUAAUGAUUUUCUUUGAGCUCUUGGUUACAAUGGUGACUGCCAUUUUCAUU